UGCGGCACAAGAGCACGCUCGUUCGUGACUGAUUCACUUUCUUUUUCUUUUUCCGACCGAAAUGUAUACUCGUGUCGCAUUAAAAGCACGCAUUCGGAGGCCUCCGGCCCGCGGUCCAAGAUCGACGUGCAGCUGAGCAUCAUGUCCUUCCUCUCGCCCCAAGACCUGUGCCGCUUAGGAAGCACGAGUUGUUACUGGAGGGCAGCUGUGCAAGACCCAUUGUUGUGGAGGUAUUUUCUCCUCCGAGAUCUCCCCUCUUGGACAUCUGUUGAUUGGAAAUCACUUCCAGAUGAGGAGAUUUUUAAUAAAGCCUUUUCCGAGGACAGCGACAAUGCACUGUAUGAUUACAUGGCAGUAUAUAAAAGGAGCUGUCCUCAGGGUAGAAGAAGUUUGAAAUCGAGCCGUCCCCGGUAUGGGACUGUGACUUCCUUUUUGCAAUCACUGGUCACUCAGGCGGAACCUCGCUUUGCUAUGUUUGGGCCAGGUUUGGAGGAGCUGGACAACUCUUUAGUACAAAAGAUGAUGACAUGCCCAGAAAUUCUGAUGGUAGCUGGCCUACCUCAUAGACAAAUUCACGGAAUUGGAUCAGGAGUCAGUUUUCAGUUUAACAACAAUCAAAAAUUCAAUAUUGUAACACUGUAUUCCACCACGAGUGUGGAAAGGAGGAGAGCAAGGGAGGAGCAAGCUGUUGCUGUGAAUAAGAUGUUUUACCAAGAGAACAGCACAGUAGGUAAUCAGCAAGCCACACACUACAGUGUAAUAGCUCAAGUGAAGAAGGUGUGCGAAGUAGUUGAUGGAUUCAUUUAUGUUGCUAAUGCAGAAGCUCAUAGAGAGCACGAUCGUCAGGAGGAGGUGGCUCGUUUUUUGGCAAUGAUUGAUCCAGCCCUCGGGCCUCCAAACAGACCUCUGCUGGUUUUGUCCUGUGUGUCUCACGUUGGUGUGAGAAGAAUUCCGUGUGUUUAUGUGGCACAUCAGUUGCAACUAAAUCUGCUUCAUCAGCCCUGGAUGAUGCAGGACACUGUAGCUGCAACUUUAGAUGGAUUGCUAAAUGGAAUUGAGUGGCUCUUGGAAGAAGCAAGUUGUAAAAGUGCUCAGUAAUAGAAUUAGGCAUUGUUGCACUAUAUAAACUCUUUGGUGUUUUCCAUUUCAGUUGAAGUAAGAAUUUUGUCCUUCCUGCCAGAGUACUGUCAGAAGGGAAAAGUAAAAGGCAAACCUGCAUAUAUUUCACUGCACAUAUUUAAAUCCUUAACAUCUUUCCAGUUAUAGUCCUGAAUUAGAAGUACAAGUAGAUUGCCUGUAUUCCAGCUGCAAUGAAGAAGUGAUUUAGAGAGUCAAUCUGCGUGUUUUGUUUUGUUGUUUUUCUCUUCUUUCAACCAAAUGCCUUUAGAGUACAAUCUUUCCCAAUAUAUCUGAUGGUCUAAUAGCUUCUGUAAAUAUAUAUGUGACACUACAUUAGAUUGUCAUGAUAUAUGCAGUGGAGACCUUUAGAGUGACACUUCAUGGCCAAAGAAAACAUGUUGUAGGUUGUACAGUAGAAGGUUGACAGAAAGACAGUAACUUUUGAUUUCAGGGAAAUGAGUUCCCCUGUAUUUUUCUAGAAAACAUGUCUAGAUAAAAAAGAGUGGGAGGGAUUUUCAGCCCAGACCAAAUUUCUUAGAAGCAAACUAACACUGCUGCGUAUGAAUUGUUUCUUUGUUGCGAUCUUACUUGUUCACCAAUCCUGACAGACUUCAGCAUCUGUUGCUUUCUGUUGCACUGAAAUCAUUAGCUUGAACUGGAUAUGCUCUGAUGCCACAAACAAAUGUUAAAUAGGAUCAGUGAGGACUUUAUUGCACACAGACUUUCAAAUUUUCCAAAUAGUUGUGGCCAUUUGCAGAUGUGAAUUAUACCUGUCUUGCAAUUUCCUACACAGUUGCAAGUAGUUUUAUGAAAAGCAACAUUUUAAAGUUGUAAUUGUGUUUUCCGUAUUGGUAUCUUUGGGGAUAGUCUUAAUCUUCCACCUUUUCAUGAUUUUAUUACUGUAUGAAUGUUCAGAAACUUUGCUUGUUUUUUUUUUUUGCCUGGCCAUUUGUUUGCUUUAUUCGGGGUUUUUUUUCCUUUUCUCCUAUCUUCAUGAAAAUUCAGGUGUUUCACAAUUUUUUUUUGGUACCUAGAUAAAUGAUUGCAUGGCACACAUACAGCUGUAACUGCCCUCAAUCUGGCAUACUUGAGUGAUGAUCAAUACAGCCAUGUCAGAAGCAUUCCAUUGGAGAAGAUGUUUGGAAUUUUUUGAAUGAACUAGAAUGUAUUUCUUUUUUUUUUUUCCAUCUUUAUGCUCAAUUGAUUCAUCUUUCUAGGUAUUUCCUAUGUGUUUCAGGGGAAAAUCCAAAGGAAUAUAUAUACAAUGAAAAUUCUGUGGGUUAUCCUUUUUUGUUUUUUUUCCCAAUAGUGUAUGUGUGUUUUGCCCUUUAAAAUAGAGCAGACACAAUGGAUUUAUGUGUGUUUGGGGUAAAAUUCCAUGCUUUGUGACUGGGUGUAUGUGAUUUUCAUCCUAAUCACAUUAAUUUCAUAGUGGUAUAUAUGUAGGGGAUUGAAUGCAGUAUCCUGAUUCUAUGUUAGCUACUUCAAAUAUGGGGGAGUUAUGGAAGAUCCUCUUUUUACUUUCUUCAUAAGGAAUAAAUAAUUUUAAAAAGAAUGAUAUUUAGAGUCUUCCUAUGUGUGUUGAGCCCCCUACACUUGUGCACGUGUGCUCACACACUGCAGUCAUACUGUCAUAACAAAUUGCCAUUGUCAUCAAUAGUCAUUAAUGAGCAAGGUUUUUAUGUUACCAGUUUAAUUAAGCCACUGUCAUUUCAAAAGGUUAGAAGUAGGUUAGAAGUAGAGUAGGUAAUUUUUCUUAAAGAACAUCAGCUAGAUUAACUUAAAGCUAGGAUACCUUUCAGAAUUACAGGUUUAAAGGGUGCAGUCUUGAAAACAAACAGUGGGAAUGAGAAGUCAGUGCAGUCACAGAACUCCAUGUCUAAAUGCCGUGGUGGAUCAGCACAGGCAGGAAGAUGAGCAUGUACACUGUCCAGAGGAUCAGCUGAGGUGCAGAGAGAUGUGCUGUAGAGGAGACAACCAGCUUGUUGAGCAUACAUACAGCAAACAGUUGCAGAAAUGCACCGCAAAUUUAGAUUUGACAAUUUCUACUAUUUAAAUUCCUAAGUCUACUGAAUUUAGAAGCAUUAAAAUCAUUUAAGCUUGGGCCUGUCAUUGUUAGAAAUUCAA